AUGUCCUCAUCCUCCUCGUCGGUGUUGGAGCUGGAGAUCUUCCAGUACAUUGACGUACAUCAAAGUGAUUUCAUUAAGGGUCUGAAGGAAUGGGUGGCUGUGGAAAGCGAUUCUGUUCAACCCGAUCUGAGGAAAGAAGUGAUACGAAUGAUGACAUUGGCAGCAGACAGACUUGCAGCGCUGGGAGCCACUGUUAAUUUAGUAAACCUGGGGUCACAUCAGUUGCCUGAUGGCCAGGACCUUCCACUGCCUCCUGUGAUUCUCGGGGAACUGGGGAGGGAUCCACAAAACCCCACUGUAUGUUUCUAUGGUCAUGUAGAUGUGCAGCCUGCCAAAAAGGAAGAUGGCUGGAAAACUGAGCCUUACACACUGACCGAAAUCAACGGAAAUCUCUAUGGGCGUGGAGCAACAGAUAAUAAAGGACCUGUCUUAGCCUGGAUAAAUGCAGUGGAAACAUUUAGAGCUUUAAAAUUAGCUAUGCCAGUAAACUUCAAGUUUGUAAUUGAAGGCAUGGAAGAAGCAGGGUCCUUGGGGCUAGAAAAGUUACUUGAAGAAAACCAGUGCUUUUUGUCUAACGUCGAUUAUAUUGUGAUUUCGGACAACCUCUGGCUCAGCAACAAGAAGCCCGCCCUUACGUAUGGGAGUCGGGGAAAUGCCUGCUUCUUCGUGGAGGUUGAAUGUGGUGACAAGGACCUUCACUCUGGAACGUUUGGAGGCAUCAUUUAUGAGCCGAUGACGGACCUGAUAGCUCUUCUGGACAGCCUUGUGGAUCCCACCGGUCGUAUUCAGAUCCCUGGAAUCUAUGACAGUGUUGCCGCACUGACGGAGGAGGAGAGGAGAUUGUAUGAAUCGAUUGAAUUUGAUCUAGAGGAACAUAAAAGUAAUAGUGGUGUGAAAAAAUUCCUUUAUUUUUUGAAGGAAGAAAUACUUCUGCACCUGUGGCGUUACCCUUCUCUCUCUAUUCAUGGGAUUGAAGGAGCUUUUCAUGAACCAGGAAUUAAAACUGUCAUUCCAGCAAAAGUCAUUGGCAAAUUCUCAAUCCGUCAGGUCCCCCACAUGGACCUUUUGGUUGUGAAACAACAGGUGGUGGAGCACUUGGAGGGUGUCUUUUCCAAGAGGAACAGUCCAAACAAACUGAAAGUGUCUAUGCCUUUGAGUGCAAAGCCCUGGCUCGCUGAUGUUAACGAUCCACUAUAUAAAGCAGCAAGAAGGGCAAUAAAAACAGUUUUUGGAGAAGAUCCAGAUAUUAUUCGGGAUGGUUCAACAAUUCCUGUUGCCAGAAUGUUUCAGACUAUCACACAGAAAAGUGUGAUGAUGUUUCCGAUCGGAGCAGCCGAUGAUGGGGAGCACUCCCAGAAUGAGAAGAUAAGCAGACACAGCUAUAUUGAAGGAACCAAAGUGUUUGCAGCCUUUUUCCUGGAGAUAUCAAAGCUACAUCGAGACUUACAUGAAAUAUCUAACACGGAGACCAACAACUGGAACAAGCACGGUAAGGAACGCUGCAGGCGAGAGCAGUCCGGCGCCUCCAAGGGACUCGGGGCAGAUCGGUCCAUGCUUAAAAGCUGUCGCUCCAUAAAGAAUACAACAUUUAGCUUGUUUCACAAAACGUUAUACAACGCCUCGCUAGUUAAGGAUGUCCAUGGUCCAUGUCUGGACAGAGAAGAUCGUGCAACUGUGCCUUUACUGGUGACACAGGAGCUCAUGCCACAGUGGCCGGUGCCAGCGAGGAGCCACAGUCCCCUUGUUCCCGCUGGAAACUUCCACCUGCAAGUAACACGUAAAGUUAAAACAGUGAUGCGUGACAAAAGUUCUGAACACGACCUUCUCGCCUUGUAUAUCCUGUUCGGUCUCCCUGGCUCACCCCCACGUUGCUCAGCACCGGGGUGUGAAGGGUGCCCGUGUGUGGAACGCUUGCGCAGGGAGUACGUGGACGUAACCGCGUGCUCUCGUUCUCACCUACCGCCAGAGCCUGUCCUCUCCGCUAACAAAAACGCUUGCUGCCAGCUGUUUUCUACCAUGGGAUUUUCUAGGAUCCUAAAAAAAUUUGCAGUUUCUCAUUCCUUCUCCUUUUCAGCUGCCUUCUCAAAUAUAUCUGGUUUUAGAAGACUUCUCCUCUAG